AAAAAAUUUCUAAAAAAAAAAAAAUAAUAAAAUGUCAAGUAAAAAAUCAACUCCAACUCAAGCGUUUUUGUACGAAAAUAAAAAAUCUUUAAAUCCAAUUACAGAAGAACAACAAUAUGUACAUGACGUAUAUGAAAAAAUAGCUCAACAUUUUAGUAGUACCAGAUAUAAACCAUGGCCUGUUGUUGAAGAAUUUUUUAAAGAAUUAGAAAUUGGAAGUAUUGGAAUUGAUGUUGGAUGUGGUAAUGGAAAAUAUUUAGAUGUUAAUCGAAAUAUUUAUAUAAUCGGUGCUGAUAGAAGUUCAAAUCUAAUUGAGAUAAGUGCUUCAAGGGGAUUUGAAAGUCUAAUAUGUGACGCAUUAAAAUUACCUUAUCGGAAUGAAUGCUUUGAUUUCGUUACUUCAAUAGCUGUAAUUCAUCAUUUUACAACUCCAGAAAGAAGAAUUACAGCAAUAAAGGAAUUAUUUCGAAUUGCAAAACCAGGAUCAAAAGUGUUAAUAUACGUUUGGGCCAUGGAACAAACUGAAUCACGUAGAAAAUUUGAUGAAAAUUAUCAAGAUGUAUUUGUUCCUUGGGUUAUUCCUGCUGAUAAAAAUGAAAAACGAGAAGAAAUUGUAUAUAAAAGAUAUUAUCAUUUAUUUAAAAAAGGUGAAUUAGAUGAACUUGUCUUAAAUACGGGUUUAGCAAAAAUAAUUAGAUCAGAUUAUAAUAAGGAUAAUUGGUAUGUUAUAGCAAUAAAAAAAUAAA